AUGUCGACCGGAGCUUAUCACCAUGCUAUCAUUCUAUCUCCUGCUGUAUACGCAAGACAAUGUUAUCCAGACAAUGUAAGCAAUGAUUCAUCCUACUGGAAACAUGAAGAUGCCGCUAGACACCUGUCAAAUCAUAUUAUGAAUAAAUAUCCUAAUCUAAAUGUUUUAUGCUUAAGUAAUUCAACUUAUCUAAAAAAUGAACUAUGGACUAAUCCAACAAGAAUAAAUGCUUGUCUCUUUUCACAAGCUAGUCGUAUUGUUCUGUUUAUACCAGAUGAUGGAAGUGAACAUAUCACCUAUUUUACACGUCAUUGCUUACAACCAUUGUUGUGUAAUUCACGUGAAGAAGGUGGACGACCAGAAUGGCAUUCUAGAUUUGUUGCUGUAGCCAUCGGUAAUGUACAAGUACCGAAUCAAUUGAAUUCAGAAACACCAUUUAUAAAUGUAAUACGAUUUCGUGAAAUUGGAUGGUUUCGUGACAUUAUGGGAAUGAUGUUGCUGGAAAGGGCAAUUAAGGAAAAUAAUCCGAGAUAUAUAGGCUGUAGUCGACUAACUGUUCAUUUGGUUUUGAACAUUAAGUAA